UCGUCCAGUCGGUGGUACACGCGGUCUGUGCCGGUCCAACUCCCCUACGACGCGCACGCCUCGCGUGUUUUCCCUCGAAAAAUUUAAUAAUAUCGCCACGAAUCCAAAGUCGUAGAGGUAUAAUAAUAUUAUACCCCGCGAUAAUAUAUCAUUAUAAUAUAUUAACAUGUUAUAGGUCGCCACUGUAUAUUGGUGUUACGAUGAAUUCAAAAAUUUCGCGUCCAAGCGCGUGUCGUCGCAUCCGCAUCACUUUUUCGGAUCAUCGUUUCUAGUUUGUUUGUUUGAUUUUUGUUUUUCAAUCUCCUCUGCAACGGUUUUUUUUUUUGCAUUUUUUCCACUCAAAAUUGUCGUCCAACAUAAUAUUAUUAUAAUACGAUAAAAUAAUAAUAUUAUUAUUGCACACAACAUAACAUGAGUUCGAAAACGUCGGUCCGAGCGCCGACAGCCAAGUGGCCUCUGAUCGUGGCGCUGUCCGUCAUGUCCGCCUCGAUCCUCGUGGCCACGAUCGCGUGGACGGCGACCGGCCACCUGCAAGCGACGUCCACCGAACGUUUCGACGGCACGGUCACAGAACUGGUCAAAUCCGCAAAUGACACGGUCGUCAAAGAGUCCGAAGACGAUGAUUCGCAAUCUGAUGAAACUCAAACGAUGUCCAUGGUUCCCGAAUCACUUAGAAAAAAAUCAUCAAUGGUCGAUACGUCGGAUACCAGCCGGUUCGAACGAGAAUACGUUAAGCCAAUCAAGUCAAUACCCGAAUCGUUGCACACACACGAUAUUCUUUAUGGCGGUGACCAAAACAGACUCGAUCGAGAAAAACUUGUUAAACACCACUCUGGGCAAUAUCGACACAAGACAGCAUUUAUAUGGGAUCCUCAUCCUCAAUACAAGUUUACGGCAUUUGGACAUCUAUUUCAUUUGGUGCUCAUUCAAGACUCCAAGUUCGUUUCUCCCGAUAUCAAAAUUACUCGUGUGAAACACAACGAGACAUGGAGAGAACCACCCAAUGUGAAGGUUAAUGGAUGUUUCUAUUCGGGAAACGUCUCUGGUGAACCUGACUCGGUCGUUUCCGUAAGCCUUUGCGAUGGAAUUACAGGAUACAUUCGCACAACCACUGGCAAUUACUUUAUAGAGCCCGCAGAGACGACAGACGACCACGUGACUCCGGCAUUACAUACCAUUUACCGGGCCGGUCAGUUGGCCGAGGGUGACAAGUCGCCCGGACAAACGCAACAAUCGCAUCAACCCGAGAAAAAUUGCGGAGUACAAGACAACGAAGGCACCGGUGAUUCGGAUACGAUCGCUGACGACGAUAGUGCAACCGCCGAAGUCGGACCGUUUAUUGUUGGCGGCGCGGGCGGUCCGAAUCGUUUGACCGAAAAUGAUAUAUUUUCGAGCUCCACCGGUUUGCCGUACACGAAAAAAACCAGAAACAAGCGAUCGCUGACUUCGGAAUACGUCGUAGAACUGAUGGUCGUCGCGGACAAGAAAAUGGCCGAAUACCACGGGAAGGAGCUUCACAAUUACGUGCUCACCCUCAUGUCGAUCGUAUCAAAGAUAUACAAGGACAAGAGCAUAGGGAACCCGAUGCACAUAGCCGUGGUCAAGUUGGUCGUCUUGAGAGACGUGCAUUUCGUCGAAAACCGUAGUCGCAUGGGAGGUAUUGCGGCUGCAGACAUGUUGCACAGAUUUUGCGAAUGGCAAACUCACCACAACGACGAGAACGAUUCCAGCGCAAACCACCACGAUUCCGCUCUACUAUUGACCAGAGAACACGUCUGUCGAAAUCAUAAUCAGAAGAAAUGUGAUAACACCCUCGGAUUGGCACAGUUAGGAACUAUGUGCAAUGUCAAUAGUUGCGCAAUCGUACAGGACAACGGGCUCAGCGCUGCAUUUACAAUUGCCCAUGAAUUGGGACACGUGUUGAAUAUGCCACACGACGAUGACAAUAAAUGUAAAGAUUUUGAACAGCAAGACGGAAUGCAUAACGUCAUGUCAAGAAUGUUGGAUCACAACUCGCAUCCGUGGACCUGGUCGGCUUGCAGCCGACACUUUUUGACAGAGUAUUUGGAGGCUGGAAACGGUAGAUGUCUUCAAGACGAUCCUAGUAAAGACUAUCUUGAGAUCGAAAAUCAGACCGAAGAAAAACAUUUUCCUGGCGAAAACUAUACGGGAGACAAACAAUGCGAGUUGAUUUACGGGUCCGGAUCAAAAAUAUGUUCUUAUAUGCCGGUGUGUCAGAGAUUAUGGUGUACCACUGGUUCCGGGGAGAAAGAUGGCUGCCGUACACAACACAUGCCUUGGGCGGAUGGAACACAAUGCUGGAGCAGUAAAAACUGGUGUCAGCAAGGGAAAUGUGUGCCCAAAGAUCGAAAUGCGUUAAAACCAGUCGAUGGCGGUUGGGGAUCUUGGCAACCUUAUGGCGAAUGUACAAGAACGUGCGGUGGAGGCGUGAAGAAGAGUUACAGAGAUUGUACCGACCCGCCGCCGUCGAAUGGCGGAAAAUAUUGUACCGGGAAACGCGUUCGGGUGCGAAGUUGUGCGACGAGCGACUGUCCGCCAGGCACUCCGGACUUCCGCGGCGAACAGUGUGCAAUGUUCAACAACAAGACGUUCAACAUAGCAGAUCUCGAGCCGGACGUUCAGUGGCUUCCAAAGUUCGGCGGAUACGACGAAGAACGGUGCAGGUUGUUCUGCCGCGUGGCCGCGUCCACCGCUUACUAUCAGCUAAAGGAGAAGGUGGUGGACGGUACACCGUGCGCCCCGGACAAGUACGACAUAUGCGUGAAUGGUAUGUGCGAGAAGGCGGGCUGCGACCACGCGCUGGGCUCGGACAGCCAGCUGGACAUGUGCGGCGUGUGCGGCGGCAACAAUUCCAGCUGCCAACAGGUGGCCGGCACGCACAACAGCAGCUCGCCGAACGGCUACUCGAAGGUGUUGCGCAUCCCGGCCGGGUCGUCCAACCUGGACAUCCGGCAACACGGCCACAACGGGUCCAGCAAGGACGACAAUUACCUGGCGCUGGUGGACAGCGUGACCGGCGAGUACGUACUCAACGGCAACUACGUGCUGAGCACGUUCAACAAGGUCAUAGUGUACGGUGGCACGACCAUCGAGUACAGCGGGUCGGACGCGCCCGUCGAGCGCAUCAACUCGUCCAAACCGCUCAACAAAGACGUCACCGUCGAGUUGUUGUCGAUCGGAAACUCGUACGCUCCGGAUAUUGAAUACCAAUACACUGUGAUGCGAGACAAACGGGACAUCUACGUAUGGGCAUUGACCGACGAAUGGGGACAGUGCGAUAAGAUGUGCUCGGGUGAACAGACGAAGAUUUACGUGUGCGUCAGAAAAGAAACUGGCGAAGAAGCCCGAGGUUAUUGUAAUGAACACGACGCACCCCGCACGAAAAAGCAACCGUGCAAUCUCCACUGCACCAUCAAAUGGAAGACAGUAAGUCAGUCUGAAUGUUCUGCUCAGUGUGGCCCAGGCACACGGACCCAGAGCGUUGCGUGCGUUCAGGAAUACGAUAAACGAACACCCUCUCAAAUAUCGGACACUAUGUGUUCUCAUCUACCAAAACCUGCCAAUACUAUUCCUUGUGACGGAAAAUGUUUGGAAUCAAGAUGGUCGUUCACAGAAUGGACUCCCUGUUCUAAGACCUGCGGGUCAGGCGUUCAGCACAGGGAAGCACGCUGUGUAAAUGACAAUGGUGAACCCAGAGACGAAACGUCGUGUAAUGAAAGCGAGAAAAUAAUUACCAGAGUGUGUGGGACAGAUAAAUGUCCUCAGUGGUCCGUCGGAGAAUGGUCAUCGUGCUCGGUGACUUGUGGCGAAGGACAAAUCGAGCGUUCCGUGUGGUGCCGUAUGGACAACGGUAGGGUGUUAGCUGCAGAAUAUUGUGGUUCAAAUAUGCCAGCCACCAAAGAAACAUGUUCCAUGAAGCCAUGUCCAGCUUGGACAACAGGUCUUUGGUCUCAGUGUUCUGUUACAUGUGGCGUUGGGAUAGUGAGGCGUAUGGUGAGAUGUAAUGUACCAGACGAAUCUGCAUGUGCAUUGAUCGCGAAACCACUCGAAGAAGAAAAAUGCACUUUACACCCAUGUCCAGCAGGUGUGGACAACGAGAUACACGAAAAUGAAAUCCUGAGUAAUGGACAUGACACAAACUUUAUACAUAGCAACAAGUUCUAUGCAUGGCGAACAGACCACUGGUCAAGUUGCUCGGCAUCGUGUGGCAACGGUUACAGAAGGCGAACCAUAGACUGCAUAAAUACGAUCAGUGCCAAGCCAGUUUCGUGGAACCUUUGCAAGUCAAAGAACCAACCGAAACGCGUCGAAGUGUGUACCGCUCCGAUGUGCGUUACGUGGCGGGCUGACGAAUGGAAAGAAUGUUCGGCUGAAUGUGGCAAAGGUUUUGAGGAGCGCGAGGUGACUUGUGUGUCUUCGGCCAGUGGUAAACUCGUGGACGAAACCCACUGCGUGGUGCACAGAGAAAAACCUGAAGCCCGAAGGUUGUGCGAGAGCCACAAAAGCUGUAAGCCGGUGUCGACUUGGAGAACAGGAUCGUGGGGAGAAUGUUCAGAAUUGUGCGGAGGUGGCAUAAAAGAAAGGAAAGUGGUAUGUCAACCGUUUGACGGGACAAGAGAACUAUUCGAUGAAGAAAUGUGCGUGGAACCUAAACCGUCGACUUCAAUUCCUUGUAACGAACAACCGUGCAAAGGUCAACCGUCGUACGUGACAAUAGCUUGGAACUUCGGGGAGUGGUCAAAGUGCAACGUGACGUGUGGCAAGGGACACCAACAUCGGCAGGUGCAGUGCCAGAACAACGACGGCGUCAUACUGGCGGCUGUGCAGUGCGACGGACUGGUAAAACCGGCGGCCGAGCAACCGUGCCGGACGUUCGUGCCGUGCGCCAGACCGACGACUGUGGCCACCACCACCACCACCACGACUGCGGCCACGACGACGACGACGACGAUGACGAUGACGGCCACGACAGAGUACAGAUGGAAGACGUCGCAGUGGUCGGCGUGUUCGGCGACGUGCGGCCCGGGCACGCAGAACAGGCGGGUGAGCUGCCGGCGGCACGGCACCGAUCCGGGGGGCAGGGACACGGCGGCCGACGACCAGAGGUGCGACGCGGCCGCGGGCCGACCACCGGCCGCGCAGAGACCGUGCCCGCAACAGCGGCCCUGCGUCUUCGCGACGUCGGUGGCGGCCACCGCAGCUGCGGCCACGGCCGCGGCCGACGAUUACGGCUGGCUGCCGGACGUGUGGCGCGAGUGUUCGCACUCGUGCGGCAAGAAGGGCCGGCAGACGAGGCGGGUGUUCUGCUUCCACAGGGCGGCCGCCAAGAAGGUGCGCCGCAAGCACUGCGACUGGGCCGCCCGUCCGCCCAGGAAGCGAAAGUGCAACCAGCGCCGAUGCGCCGGUCACGCGUCCUGCGCCGACAUCCUGCACAAACAAUCGCCGCAGUCCGCCGCCGCCCUCGUGGACAAGGAUUACGUGAUCAACGUGCUCGGGCGUAACGUGUCCGUCUACUGUCACGGCAUGCGGUCCGGCAAUCCCGUCGAGUAUCUGACCUUGUCCAAGGACACCGAAAACUAUUCCGAGAUCUACGAACAGAGACUCAAAGACCCGAGCACGUGUCCGUUCAACGGCGAACGCCGUCAAAACUGCCCGUGCGACAACGUGCCAGUGCCGUCGUCUGGACUCACCGUGUUCCUCAAGAUCCGUCUGAACAUCACUUCGUUGAGGGUCGAUUCAAAGGAUUAUACGUUCUCCAAACAAAUCAAAGGCAAACCCGUACCCUUUGGUGAAGCCGGCGACUGUUACAGCAACUCAAAGAGGGGUUGUCCGCAGGGCAGGUUCAGCAUCGACUUGUCGGGCACCGGCAUGAGAAUAUCGCACGAUACCACUUGGGUGGGCAAAGGGUCGAACACGUCGUUUUGGGUGAACAAGAUUGAGGAAAACAUGAAAAUAGCUGGCAGAUGCGGUGGUUACUGCGGUACGUGUGUGCCGAUGCAAGGGAUAAUAUUGGACGUGGUAACGCCAUAACAACGCACACAAUAAUACUAAAUAUUAUAAUAAUAAUAUGUUUGAUUAAAUUAAUCAUUUUAAUUUUAAUUAAUUAAUUAAUUAAUCAAAUUAAUUUAAUAUUAUAUUAUGCGGCCAAAAGCGAUCGGUGGUCGUACGAGGCGGCGAUCAUCGAGCACAGUAUUAUUAUUAUUACUAUUAUAUUAUACGCAUAUUAUACCUAUUAUAUAAUAAUAAUGUAAUAUUAAUAUGUCCGACGGAGACGAAAACUCUGCUUACACGUAUACGGCGUUCACGAUAUUAUUAUUAUUUAUUAUUAUUAUUGUCAUGAUUAUAACUAUUAUAGUUUUAUGACAUAUUAUCGAUUACCAAAACGGUCUGGAGUAUAAAUGUAGACACGAUUCGAACCGAACGAGUAUAUAGGGCCAUAAAACUAGGAUAUUUUAUAUUUUAUUUACACAGUUCGUUUUUAUUUUUUCAUCAUUAUACAAGCAAAGACUACGGCGUGCCAUUCAUAUCCAUUAUUAUUAUAAUUAUUAUUAUUAUUAUUAUUAUUAUUAUUGCUACCUAUUAACUAUUACCUAAACGAAAAGUGGAUACUCGUGUUUUUAUUAUAUUUCACAGUGCCAAUACUUUUAGUUUAGCAGUUAUUUUUGACCUACACAACUAUACAAAAUCAAAUGCCGCUUAGAAAUGAACGGAAUGCUUCUUUCGUUUUAACGUGACAUUUUCAAGUCAAUUUUAUCUGAUUAUAGAUCGUGAACAUAUUAAUUACCUAUCCACGGAAUUACAAUACCGUUUUUUAAUACAGUAUAAUAAUAUGGUAUGAGAUAUUAAAUUAAAGAUAAUCGUAGAUUAAGAUAAAUUUGUCCCUAAUAACUAUAACUAAUAAGUGUAUUAACUAAGUAGGUACCUAAGUAUAGUUUUGACGAGUUUCAAUUGCAUAUAAUUAAGUCAUUUAAAGUCGGUCUAUGUGUGUUCAAUUUAUUUUAAUUUUUGUACAUUUUCCAUGUUAUUAAAUAGUACGUGUGCAUGUGCCUAUACCACAAUAAAGAAAAGGUAUAUUAUUUGUAAUAAUUAUAAAUGGUCAGUAUUAAGAACGAUAUUUUAAUCUGAUACGAACAAAGACUUCCUUUUUAUUUUAUUUAUUAUUUUAAUUUUUUUUUUUUUUGUUGAUCUCUAGUCAUAACAUUUUCGUGGUUUGAACCACAUUAACAUAAUAAUAUAUUAUAUAUAGAUAUAAUUAUUUAAAUUUAUAGCUAAAUUUUAUACGUUUCCUUAUACAUAAAUGAUUUUAUAAU